UUUGGUAUUUGCCGCUGCCAUAGUUUGAAAAAUGAUACCUGGUCACACCGCACCAAACAAAUACUCUAAUCUGUAGAAUAAAAGUAAACAAUUGAUAUUUAUAGACGAUAAGACGGCCAAAAAGACGACUGCAUUCGGGUGCCAAGAUGACGGACUGCCACUGGCUGAACUGGUGUCGCCUGUGCGCCAAGGACGACGCCCGUGGCAAUGUGAAGGUGCAAAUGAGCGGCAAUGACCAAGCCUGGGACAACGUCCUGAUAAUGGCCAUUCGCAAGUACUUCGAGGUGCAAAUGCGACUGGAGGAUGAUCUGAGCAGCGUGCUGUGCACAGAGUGCUACACUCUUAUCAGUGAACUAAUCGAUUUUGCGGAGCAUGUGACCAAGGUUCAGGCAAUUUUUGAGGUCCUGCGCCGCACUGAAACGGAGCCCGGCAAGCACUUGGAUGUGGCUGCACUGCGUCAGCAGUAUGGGCUCUGCGAAGACGACUGGACGCACAUCAUCAAGCCCAUGCAGGCACCGGAAAUUGAUUCGGUGAUGGACGCCAACGAAAUGGAUCAAAAGCAAAAUAGGGUAUUACAAGAAUCUCCCAUCGGAGUGGAAGCCAGCAUAGAAAUUGAAAUGUCAAUGCGGGAAACCGAACCACACCUAGUCCCAUCCAAAAACAGUCUGGAAAUUGGGAUACCUAAGCAGGAAUUUAUUGACAUAGGUCCUCUUUUAUUAGAAAAACCCAAGAAUGGACUGGAUUUGGAGGAUGUACUAGUCGAACUGAAUGAAGACGAGCUAUGCCAUUCCCGAGUGGACAGCACAGUCUCUCCAGUUUCUCAGGAGCAGGAUAUCAAGCCCGAAAUGUUGGGAAUCUGUGACGAUGAUGCCGAAUUCCUGCCCGAAAAAAGUCAGCAAAUGAAUCUAGUCAUUAUAGCGACCACACAAAAUGCUCCAGAGUUAAUUGCAGAGGAAAAGGCCAAACGUGGACGCAUGAACUGCGAAAAGUGUGGAAAGGUUUACAGGAACCGCGCCUCCUACGAGAAGCACUUAGAACGCGAGUGUCGCCGAGUCGAGCGGCGAGUGAAGGUGGACAAGGCAACAACCACCUGUGACCUGUGCAACAAAACUCUAUCCUCCGCGACGGCCCUGAAGCUUCACAAAGAGGGUAUCCAUCAGAAUGUCAAGCCAUAUAUUUGCGAUAGUUGCGGCAAGCAACUGAAGACAAUUACGGCCCUAAAUGAGCACAAGCUGGUGCACACAGACAAUCGCCCCUUCGAGUGUACCGUUUGUAAGGCGAGCUUCAAGAACAGGGCUCGCCUGAAGGCCCACCAUCAAAUCCAUGCGGAGCCCAGUUUCGUCUGCAACAUCUGCGGCAAGAAGCUGCAGACGCGGCGGACCUGGAACAUGCACAAGGUGGUCCACAGCGAGGAGCGACGACUGAAGUGCGAUGUCUGCGGGGCGCUCUUUAAGCGCUCGAAAACUCUCAAGACGCACCUGCUCAGCCACACGGGCUUGCGACCGUAUGUCUGCAACUACUGCGGAAAGUCCUUCGCUUGCAAUGCCAAUUGCCGGUCGCACAAGCUGAAGAAGCAUCCGCAGGAAGUGCAACAGGAGGAUGGCACAAAGCUCUCUUCUCGCGUAAAUGUCCCCACUCUGGAAGAGCUGCGUGUUAUGACUCAAAAGUUACCGAAAGGAACUGAUUAAAAUUAACCAUUUUACCAAUAAAUUGUUUUGAUAUUAUUUAAUUGCAUCACUAUAUGGAAUGCCGUGUGCCGAACGCUGUGUUUCGGUAGAUUGGUAGGAUAAACAUUUAGGAUCAGUAGAUGUCAAUGCUUCUUAUACAGUUUCUACAGAUCCUUUCCUUCAUUGUAAAAUAUUUCCUUAUAUCUUGCCAUCUUAUAAAAAUAAGGUAUUGUCAACCUUUGCAUAAAUGAU